AUGCGAGCUUACUUUUACGACGGCCUUCCUGGCGACCAGCGCCUCCCUCAUAACUCGGGCAUGCCCGUCAGUGUUGACGAUCUCAUGAACAUCGGCGUCUACUACUACCAUCUCCCUGAGCUCGAGUCGGUCGACAACCUGGCCAAGGAGCGUGGCUACAAGAACCGCGACGAGAUCACUGUCUCUCCCCAAGCCAUGGGUGACAUCUACGAAACCAAGGUCAAGUCCUUCUUCGCCGAGCACUUGCACGAGGACGAGGAGAUUCGAUAUAUUCGUGGUGGCCGUGGAUACUUUGACGUCCGAAGCAAAGACGACGACUGGGUGCGCGUUUUGCUCGAGAAGGAUGACCUUCUUAUUUUACCUCCUGGUAUUUACCACCGCUUCACCACUGAUGAGAGCAACUAUGUCCAUGCCAUGAGACUGUUCAAGGAGGACCCCAAGUGGACACCUCUGAACCGAGGCCCCGAUGUCGACAAGAACGAGCACCGACAGGAAUACGUGAAGCAGUUCCUGGGUGAGCCCAACCAGGCAUAUCUAUCCUAUGUGAGGCAAAGAAUACCACCCAUAGCAUUGGCUCCAGCGUAUUUCAUGGAUCGUUGCGGGGCGUCCAAAACAACAACGACAAACUUCAAUAACGGGAAUCUACAGCUCAAUUGCAGAUACCAAGACUCAACGCAAACGAUGGAUACACGAACCGAAGUCUCGGAUGUUACUGAGGCAUCAUCCAGGCCGCGAAUAGCGCAGCUUCCUGCGAGCUGUGAUCCUCCACAGCCCAACACCCCAGUGAAGCAGUUAGUCUGGGUGAUCUUUGGAGGUACGGGUCAGAUGGGGCACUCCCUUGUCAAAUGUGCACUUUCACAUGGAGAUUUGGUAACGUCGGUUGGUCGCGUAUUCGAGACAAGUCUAAAAGACAUGGAGAAUAUCCAUGAGAACUGUCUCGGCGCGUUGUGCGACGUCCGCGCUCGCGAAUCUGUGAAUCGUGUCAUCGAGCGUACGCUCCAGCGCUUUGGCCGUAUCGAUAUUGUCGUCAAUUGCUCUGGCUACGGUGUCAUAGGCGCCUGCGAGGACCAGGAUGAGCAUGACAUACGUAACCAGUUCGAGACCAACUUCAUGGGCACGCUUCACAUUAUUCACGCUACGCUGCCGUACUUCCGCAGGCAGAAUGCAGGCCGCUAUCUCAUCUUCAGCUCAACGUCUGGCGCUUUGGGCGUCCCUGGCCUGGGCCCUUACUGCGCGACCAAAUAUGCGGUGGAGGGCCUAAUUGAGGCCAUGCUCUAUGAGACGGAUGCGUUCAACAUCAAAGCUACACUCAUCGAGCCAGGCCAUGUGAGACCCGAAGAGCCAGAGAUGCAAGAUACGUCGCUUCCAACGUCCUGGGGUCAUUUUCUUGUGAAACCACCCAGCGAGACAUACGGGCAUCCAACAUCACCAGCGCUACAUGCACGAAGGAUUGUUCAGUGGCUCGGUGACAAGUAUCGACCCACGAGCGCUAUCAAGUGCGCUGAACUCGUAUGGCAACUCGGACACUGCUCGUAUCCACCGCUACGAUUAUUAUUGGGAAGCUAUGCAAUCGAGAGCAUUCGCGAUCGCAUGCGGUCUGUGACAGAAGAGCUGGAGGAUUGGAAGCAUCUCAACUUUCCUGCCGGACCAGACGAUGACAGAGAAGUUGGAGAGGAGGCAGCAGCAGCAGCAGCAGUAGCACCUGAAACUAACGAGGCUGCUGCUUCUUGA